UCAAGAAGGUCGGCUGAGAGUACGCUGUACCAGUGAAUUUUGUGUGUAAGGCCGAAGCCUUCGAGUGCAGUGGAGCGGGUAAGGAAAUCUGCCGGCCGGCUGCGUGAAACAAGGGUUCCGGCGAACUAUUUCUUUGUUGUGGCUCCAUACUGUGAUUGAAGAAUCUUGAUCGGUCUACUUGGAGUUCGAUUUCUGAGGCGAGGGUUCUGAUCAUGGUGUCUGGUUGUCAGCGCUCGGAUUCACAACGUAUGGUUGCGAAUUAUAUGUAGGCUUAUAUGUAGGCGCCGUGUCUGAAGAUAUAGUGAAUUUAAUUUGUUGUUGGUGCUAUUUUACAUUAAAUGAUGGAAGCUGCUGACGGAGUUGAAAUGGAGUCGUCUAACGGUGGCUUGGAGAAAGGGUUGACUACGAAUGGACUGGGAUCAGGUGCUGCUGUUUCAGAAGAGAAUGGUGCCGGCGCCUCAGAAACAAAUGGCAGCCCUCAAGAACAAUUGCAAGCUCAAGCUGCCGAUGUUUCUGAAACGGGGGUUAAAGACUCAUCUUCUAUUUCUAAAAACACAGCUUCAAAUAUCUCAAAGAAAGCUGCAGCUAUUCAAGGUAAUGGUUUGAAGAACAUCAAGACUCAGAAGGUUCAAAAGGAUGGAUCUAGUCGGAGUGGGGCAGUAGAUGCUUCCAAGAACUCGAAGGCCAGACUUUCUCAGAGCCUUUCUUUUUCUGUCAGAAGUCUCCCUACAAAUGGCCUGAGAAAGAGCACAUCAAGUUUGAAACAGACAAAAGUUGAUGCCAACUUUUCCGGUGCAAAUGAUUCAGAACUUAUGGCUGCUGGGACUGCUGCUAGGAGAGAAAAUACUGUGGCUGCAGGUAGCUCACAGCGGUUGUUGCCUGCGCACGCUGGUUCAGUUGAUGGUGGAGCAUCUUCUGAAGCCACACAUGGUCUAACUCCUCAAUCAAAAUCUCAACCAAGGAGUGCUUCAGGAUUUUCUUUCAGAUCUGAGGAGCGUGCAGAGAAAAGGAAGGAGUAUUUUUCCAAGCUGGAAGAGAGGAUUAAUGCAAAAGAAUUGGAAAAAACUAACAUACAAGCAAAGUCCAAGGAGAACCAAGAGGCUGAAAUCAAGCAGUUGAGGAAGAGUUUGACCUUUAAGGCUACGCCAAUGCCUAGUUUUUAUCAAGAACCUAGUCCUCCAAAAGUUGAAUUGAAGAAGAUCCCUCCAACAAGAGCUCGAUCCCCAAAACUCGGACGGCACAAGCCCUCUAACACUGCAACUAACAAUUCUUCCGAAGGUAAUGACUCAACUCAAACCCCCCCUGAGUCUGACCUCAUCCCAGUCAAGCAGAAUGGAGUAGUUACUCUCAAGAAAAUUGCUACACAGAAGCCGAUUUCAAGACCUCCUCCUCACAAAUCACCUGCUGCUAGACCAGAAACUAAAACCACUGCUCCAAAGAUUAAACCUUCAAACAUAAAGCAAAAGUUGGAAAAAGAAAAGACAGAAGAAGGCGAUAACGAAGUAGAACAUGAGGUGAAACCUGCCGAAGGGUCUCCUGCAGAUGUGGUCGCUGCCAAAGUCAUCGAGCAAGGUUCCUAAAAACCAUUGGGAGGUGAAAAUGUUUUUUUUUUCUUGCCAUUCGGUCGUUCGAGUGCUGAAGCUUGAGUAAUUUUCAAUCGUCCUCUUCUUUCUCCCGCCUGUUUGGCGCUCACAUUUGUGAAUAGCUUAGAUGAAUUCUCCUUUAAGAAGCGUCUGAUUGCUUGUUUUGUCACCUGCAUCUCAUUCCCAUGUUUGGUGGAGUAAUGAAUGUCUUCCCCUUUUGCUGGACAAUAUUGAUUGCCCUGGAUUUGUAUAUUUAUUUGAUCUCUGUUUUACACCAUACGUCCAGGUUGCCUAUUUUUGGGGCAUUUACAUAAAUACUUGUCACGUCAUAUGUUCUUACAUAUCUAAU